GACGAACACAGAUCCGCAUCCUUGAUCGGCUGCUCUGUGCUCUGCUGCGGCGCCUUCCUUUAGUACCACAUGGCAUGAGUGACUGCGUGAGAGUCGGCUGUGUUAUGAAGGAGCAGAUUAACUAUUGAGACAUAUAUCAGAUUUUACAGUGUCGUGGCGUGUGUGAGAGAGAGAGACGAGCAGACAUGUCGCAGUUACAGGCGCGUUUCUUCACGGAGGACAAACGGUAUGUCGUAGAUGAUGUCCCCUUCUCCAUCCCUGCUGCCUCUGAAGUGCAGGACCUCAGCAAUGUCAUCAACAAGCUGCUGGAGGCUAGAAAUGCAUCUCACAGCAAAGUGGACUUCGACUUCCUGGUCAGGGGUCAGUUCCUGCGAACGUCGCUGUCCAGCCACAUGGAGACAGAAGGCAUAUCAACGGAAGACGUGGUGGAGAUCGAGUAUGUAGAGAGGAUCACAGCUCCAGAGCCAGAGGAGUGCAUGAUGCACGAUGACUGGAUCAGCUCCGUGCAUGCAGAUGCCGAAUGGAUCCUAACAGGCUCAUACGACAAGACGGCCAGGAUCUGGUCUGUGGAGGGCAAGGCGGUGAUGACAGUGGCCGGACACACAGAUGUGGUCAAAGAUGUAGCCUGGGUCAAAAGAGACGGUCUGACCUCUCUGCUUCUGACGGCCUCUCUGGACCAAACCAUCCUGCUGUGGGAGUGGAACUCCGAGAAGAACAAGGUGAAAGCGAGACACUGCUGUCGGGGACACACGGGGAGCGUCGACACUGUCGCCACGGACCCCACCGGCUCAAAGUUCUGCAGCGGCUCCUGGGACAAAAUGUUGAAGAUUUGGUCAGCAGUGCCCACAGACGAGGCAGACGAGGUGGAGGAGCCUGCUGACAGGCCCAGGAAGAAACAAAAGACUCAACAGCUCGGCCUCACCAGGACUCCCCUGAUGACGUUAUCUGGACACAACGAAGCAGUGUCCUCUGUCCUGUGGAGCGACAGCGACGAAGUUUGCAGCGCAUCAUGGGACCACACCAUCCGCAUGUGGGACGUGGAGACGGGAGGGAUGAAGACCUCGCUGGCGGGCAGUAAAGUGUUUAACUGUGUUUCCUACUCACCCCUGUGUCGACGGCUGGCCUCAGGCAGCACCGACAGACACAUCAGACUGUGGGACCCUCGCACCAAAGACGGGUCGCUGGUGCUGCUGUCGCUGACCUCCCACACCGGCUGGGUCACCGCUGUGAAGUGGGCGCCGUCACAUGAGCACCAGCUGAUGUCGGGUUCCCUUGACAACCUGGUCAAGCUGUGGGAUACCAGAAGCUGUAAAGCCCCUCUGUAUGACUUGGCUGCCCAUGAGGACAAGGUGUUUUGUGCAGACUGGACAGAAAGUGGGCUCAUGUUGAGUGGUGGGGCGGACAACAAGUUGUACACCUACAGAUACUCGGCCUGUGAGACGGAUAGGGGGGCAUAAUUUUCCGCAGAGAUGCACCUCAUCUAUCGACACGGACGUACACACACACCGCAUACAGCAUCAGCAUUGUGACAGGCACGCCGCUCUUUGUUCGUUGCCGUGCUCGUUAUUUUUUUAACCCCCUCUCUAUUUCUACACAUAUUUUCUUAUGGAUUGUUUUUGUUUUCUGUAAGGCGAGAAAAUAUAAAUUAAUUUUGUCUCCUAAAA